AUGUCCAGCAUCAAUGUUUGUCAACCUUGGACCGGCUACGGAGAAGAGGUGAACGCCAUACUGGAGACGAUGCAGCCUUUGAACGAUCACCAGGCUGCUAGCUCCAGCCCUGAUGCCGUUCCAACGAGGGCCGAGGCUGCUCCUUUGCCUAAAAUCAGCGCCACCCUCGACGUGCCGGCCAUAUCCCAAGCUGCUUCUGUAAAAGCAAGAGCCGACCAAGCCCAAAUCCGGGGCACCCUGCCUCUGGUCCCAGGGACCCCAUGCUCGCCCCAAGGCCACGCGCCAGGCACCAACGACCCCAGGCCACCUCCCGAGCGUUCGACGACCGCACGCAGAACAGCAUAUCGAGACCUUAGUCCAGGUUUCGAUGAUGUCAAGAACCGACUGAGGUCCGCCCAGGAAGAUUCCGAUCGCCUACUCUCGCUCCUCGUCCUACCACCGCCAGCGUAUAGCUUGUCCUGCUCCGGAGACGGCCAGAAGAUCAAGGGCUCCAAGAAGUGCUGCUUUACUUGCUGGCAGCCAUGUACAAAAUGCAGCUGCAGCGCAGAGAAGCGGGCAGCCCAAGUCAACGAUCCAGAGCAAGCAGGCGUGUGCAAAGUGCGGGAUGGAGCCUGGAAGAUGCCGCUGCGGCACGCAGAAGUCGGCACCAAGGAAGAGGGACUGCAGCUGUGA